GGAAGAUUGAUUUAAGUAACAAAUUUGACAGCUGAAUAUAUUUUGUGAUACUUAAUUAUUUUCAAAUAAAUGAUUAAAAAAUGUCUGAAUUAAUGGAUACAGUCGAUGAUGUCGCCAUGCCCGCAGUUGACUCAGAUGCCGACGGCGAUAAAGAAUCUGGGAAUACCGGACAGGAUGUAACAAUUAACGAUAUUGUUGUUAUAGAUCCAGAAACAAGUGUUUUAGAUUUAAAUCAUGGGCGUAUUGGUCAAAUAGCAAAUUUAGAGCCUUUAGUUAAUAUUGAGCAGUUGUUUUUACGUUGGAAUUUGAUUAAAAAAAUUGAGAAUUUAGAUACGUUAACAACAUUGAAAGAAUUAGAAUUAUAUGACAACCAAAUAACAAAAAUUGAAAAUUUGAGCCCGUUGGUUAAUUUAGAAAUAUUAGAUAUUUCGUUCAAUCGUGUACGGGAAAUUGAAGGCUUAGAAAAUUUGCAUAAUUUAAAAAAGUUAUUUUUAUCCUCAAAUCGUAUAACAACAAUCAAGAAUUUGGAUCAUUUAACUAAUUUGACAUUAUUGGAAUUGGGGGACAAUAAAAUCAAGGAAAUUCAAAACAUUGAAAAUUUAUCAAAUUUGGAAUAUUUAUAUUUAGGAAAUAAUAAAAUAAGUCAAGUCAGUGGUUUGAGUACUUUAAGAAAUUUACUAUGCCUAAGCUUGCAAAGUAAUCGAUUAAAAGAAAUCGAAGGUUUAGAUGAGCUUGUUAAUUUAGAAGAAUUAUAUUUGUCCGAGAACAUGAUUACAAAAAUUGAAAAUUUGAAUAAUAAUAUUAAAUUACAAACAUUGGAUAUCGCACAAAAUAAAAUUCAAUUAAUUGAAAAUGUUGCUCAUUUAGAAGAUUUGCAAGAAUUAUGGUUGAACGAUAACCAAAUAUCCGAUUGGAAUUGUAUUGAUAAAUUAACUGUGAACAAAAAAUUGGCAACAAUAUAUUUGGAACGAAAUCCAUUGGCAAAUGAUCCUGCAUACAGGCGAAAAAUAAUGUUAGCAUUACCAUGGUUAACACAAAUUGAUGCUACACUUUGCCACCGAACAUAAUUUUUUGGGAGAUUUUUUUAAAUUUGUGUACAAGGCAUACAAAAAACAAAA